AUGCUAGCGUGCGCCACCUCCGCUUCUCCACCUCCGCCACCGCCGCCAGACCCAAGACAGAAAGAAAUCAAACACUACCAAGACCAAGCGGGAAGGGACGACCGAAGUGGGACAGCUAAAGCAGACACGUACCUCGCUGUUCUUUCCUCGUCGGCUUGGGGGCUGAGUGUUUCAGAGACAAUAGUCGAGAAGGAGGUAGUGCUUUGGGCGAUUGUAACGCCGGUCGGAGGGAGGAGGAGGUAUGAGAGACUAAGAUAUAGAUAUGGAGGUGGUAUAGAGGGGAAGGAGGAUGUGACUAUAUGGCGAGAAUCAGGUGGAGCAGCGGGCCAGACUGCGAAGCAUACUCGCAUGCUACCCCUCAUCCCAACUCCUUUGGCGCCUAGAUUGUCUGCGAGUACAGACCAGUCCGCUAUCCUCUUCUGGCUGCUCUCGCCUCGCGCCGUAUCAGAAGCCGAGGACGUCCGAGUACACAGCCGCCGAUCGCUACUCUCCGCUCCUAGCCGGUGCUUGCUGACCCUUGAAACGGCGAUCCGGGAAGGAAGCGGCCGUGAGGGAGGGACGUUUCAAGGUGAAGUAUACGGUGUAGGACGGAGGUGUGAUGGGUGGAGUAUGGAUAGGAGGAUGAGGCGGAAAGGUGAUGAGGGUGCGGACGGCCUUGGUCGUUGCGUCGUGGGCGCGGGCGUAAAGGUCGUGCAAAGGUCGUCUCAAGUGUACACUAAAGAAGAGAAAGGGAAGAAAGGGAAGAGAGAGGGUAAAUGUAUGGGCGGUGAGGGCGAUGAGUGGCGGAUUAGAAACGGGGGUGAACCCAAAUCAAAGCGGAAAGGGAGCCGUUCCUGGCCGAUAGAUGUGAUCGGUCGACAAGCAAGACACGCCGAGGUCGGGCGAGCAGAUCUGAUGGUGUCUGCGGUGGAGGGGGAUGAGGAUAGACUAGCAGCCAGAAUGUGGAGAGAAGGCCUGUAUCUAUUGCAUACGACUCAUCCACUUGCCCCUCAGCAUGAUAGUCCGAGCAGAGCAGUAGUUCAGGAUCUCACUCAGGAUCCCGCAAAGCUGCCCGUGGCUUGUGGGGAGCCCGCAAGGAAGAGGGGAGCUAGCUAUGAUUUCCAAGAUAUUCGCUCGACAAAUGGCCCUACGGCUGUCGCUGCAAGCGGGAUGGCCACCGCUCGCAGCCCUUCCUCGUAUACUCAGGUGUCAGCUUGCGGUGAAGGGUCCGGUCUUCUAGCCCCGAGUCUAUAUCAGCGCCUCUUCUUUCCUCAGGUCACGCUCAAGGGACAUCAUCGAUCAGAACGGACAAGCUCUCUCGGCCGCAAAACGAUAGCGCAGGAUAGCGCAGUACCCGCUCGUCGACGCUCUCGUUACAUCCCCCAAAGCCCAGAUCCUCCCAGAUCCCGGUUUGCUGUUAUCAUCGAUUCAUCAAGCUUCUUUGCGUGCAGCACAGUCAAUCUCAUUCAAGCUUGCUUUGCGGUAAGAGCUCCAUCAGGCUCCAUCUGGGCCCGGGAGUCGCAAGCCACGGCGAUGCUAUCGUGGCUGCGGGCCGCCAAAGGAAAAGCCGUCCCCUGCACCCGGCUCCGACAGUUUCGGGGUGGGUUACCGAGUAACGCUGACCUUAAUCGCAACGAUCAGAGAUAA